CGAGAGUAGAUUGCCUACAAUACAUUGUUUCAAGCAACAUUCAGGACUCAUCUUCGACGCCGCUUGACCAUCCGCCGUCUUUACGCUCAAGUCUUACAAGAUGUCCCACGCUCAAGUUGAAGAGCUCUCGGACUCGGACCCCGAAAUCGACGACCCCUCCAACUUCCUCCCUCCAUCCGACGACCUAAUCAUCCGGCCAGUAGAUCAACCCUCACAAUCCAAACCAUCGCAACCCUCCUCAAGUGCACCUCCGAAUCCCCUAUUUGGCUCCAGUACAGCCCCGGACCCGACCCUCUUCCGCCCGCCCCCAGUCCCCCAACAAACCCGCGAAACAAUCAAGACCUUCCAAUGCCUAUACCCAGUGUACUUCGACAGCACUCGCACCAAGGCCCAAGGCCGGCGCGUGUCCUCCAAACUCGCAGUCCCCAAUCCCCUAGCAUUCAACAUCCUCGCCGCCGCUCGUGCGACAAUAGGCGAUGGCGUCCUACAAUUCGCAUUCGAGCCCGACAAGACGCACCCCAAGGACUGGGCAAAUCCAGGACGUAUACGAGUCCAGCUAUUCGAUAAGGACUCGCAUAAACCUUUACACCCGACGAUAAAAAGCAAGGCGCAUUUAUACAGCGUGAUAGGAAAGUGGUUGAAAGACCAUCCUACCUCGAAAGAAGAUCCCUUGCAAGUUAGAAUACCCGGAUUGCCGGUCCCCGAGAACUUUGGCAAGGAGGAUAUUCCGAAACCGAGGGGGUGGAAAAUGGGUUCGAUAUUGCCUAUACAUUCGCCUGCCGUGAGUGGAGGUGGUGUGCGGGAAGAUUUCUUCAAGGAAGCUAUGGAAGAGAUUAGACAGGCACAAAGCCAGGGUCAAUUACCGGCUGGCAUGCCUGGAGGAGGUGGUGGCGGUGGAGGAAUGCCUGACAUGGCCGCGCUGCAAAACAUGAUGUCCGGCAUGGGCAUGGGCGGAAUGGGUGGAAUGGGAGGUAUGCCUGGACUUGGUGGAGGAGGUGGUAUGGGCGGCGAAUCUAGUGGUGGGAAGAAGAAAAUCAAGAAGAAGGGCUGAAAUAUGGGCUGCACUGAACGAUGUACAUGCAUCAAGGCGUCCAGCUCAAAGCACUAAAGUAUGAAAGCCACGUUCGUCAUCAUCCAUCAGCACGAUCACAGUCACUGUGCGAAUAAA